AAACACCAGCAGCAGCAACGGAAGUCGAACGAUGCGUUAAUUUCUGAACCCCCACUCCCAUUAUUUCAAGAUGGCGUACAGGAAAACAGCCCUAGGAUUGGUGGUGAUCACGCCAGUUCCGGGACAAAUGAUAGCCCAUUAGGACCAAAAAGGGAGCUUACCAGUGGCGAAGUAGCGAGUUUGAGAAAGGAUUUCGCUUCAAAGGUCGACUACUCCGAGCCCACGCUUGCCACGUCACCGACAGUUUCCCCGCGAUUCGUACGAUGCAAACGUCAGAGCCGCGUGCACUCGGCAGACGAGCCGAGCUUUGAAAACGUCGUCAGGGAUAUACUCUUGAUCGGCGACAAGAGAAGUG